CAUUAUUUAUUUCAAUUGAGAGCUUUUUACACAAGCAAAAAGACUGGUAUUACGGAUAGAUUUUUCCAUUCCCUCUGUCUUUUAAGAGACUGUUCCACCGUCUCAAGGGAGGAAACUCAUUUAGUUCUUACAGCUGUCAGGAUAUAAGGAUAACCGGAGAUCUCUGGCUUCCAUCAGUUCUAAUGGCUUCAUCAAAAAUUGAAAGGUUGAAAUGUUUUCCGAGAAAAUUAACUCACUCUCUCUGCUCAACAAAUGAAAUUUGUUAUAAUGCAACCUGAGAUGCCAGUCAGAAGUCUAAAAUGGGAAUGGGAACAAUGAUAUAAAUGCAAACACAAUAAAAGGUAAGUAAAAGCAAAUGUAUUUAUAUUUAUUCAUAAUAAAUCGGACUGUUUUGUGGCACAACGUUAAAAUUAGGCAUACAUAUGAUAGAUUUUGUUGUUUACAAAGCAGCUCCUAUAUCUGACUUGUCUUAUUUUUUAAGCCUUGAAUAAUACAUUUUUUCCCUCACUGCUAAAACAUAUGAUUUCACUUCCUUAAAUCUGUCUACUCUGCAAAAGUAUUUGGAUUCUAAUUUAUAAACAGCUUUUGGAAGUGCUAUGUUGCUCACUGCAUUCUGAAAAAAUUUGUAUUUAAUUUUGUUCUUCUAAAUAAUAAACUUAAAGGUUUUUUAUAUGUUUGUCUGUAAAAUGUUUUUAGAAAUAUUAGUUUUAAUUCUGCUGUGACGACAACAGAAGCCUGCCGCUGGACCAGCAGCCAAUCAGAUUGAGCCAUGUUUGGUUGCUAGACAACGGGUGUGCCAAUAGGAGCUGUGUUUGGAUUAUAUGCUGCUGUGUCUCGCGGACGAUUCUUAGAUGAGCUUGUUUUCAAGCAUAUUUUAAAAUCAGCCCACAGCGUGAAUAAAACUCUGAGGAGCACGUAGGAGGGUCUUGUUGUCAGAUUCUGUCAUCUGCACAUGCAGUGCAUGAUCCAGACCCACAGCCUGGCGGCACGCAGCUUGUAAUGAUGCCUGAAUCCUCCCUGGUCAAGGAUCAUUAUGGGAUCUCUGUUAAAUGUGGAGCACCCCUCUUGAGGCACUUUAACCAGUCCUCACUUCCACUGCACGGAAAUACCAACGCACAAAGUGCCUUUUGCACGCAGCAAAAUGUGCCGGAAUGUUUGUCCCACAUCAAUCAGGAGGUGUCAUCACUCGGCCUCCGUACGAUUUGGACGGAGUUGGAUGAAAGCUCAGACCUGAAUGUUGUGACAGUGCUGAACUGCAUGCAUGACCUGAUUCAGCUGCACCGCAGGAGUCUCAGAACUCUGGAAAACAUGGAAGUGGAGCAGCUAAAGUCCAGCAGCAAGUUGGACUACCUGCAGCUGUCUACCACCCGGCUAAAGGAGCAGCUCGAAUGUUCUAAAAGGGAAAAUACAGGACUUCUCGAAAGAGAACGGCAGCUCCAGCAGAAAGUAAAAAGUUUGCAGAACUGCCUAAAAAAUGAAAAAGAAGAGAUGCAAAAGCUUCAAAACAUGAUAGCAAGCCGUGCCACUCAGUACAACCAUGACAUGAAAAGGAAGGAGAGAGAUUUGAACAAACUGAAGGAGCGAUUGAGUCAGCUACUUGUUGAUAAAAAGGAGAGAAAACAAGCCAUUGAUGUAUUAAACAACAUCGGAAGAGCUGAUGGGAAGAGAAGUGUUUGGAAAACAGAGAAGACAGAGGCAAAGCACGAAGGGGAGAUGUACAAGACUCUGCUGAGUGACUAUGACGCCAGGCAGAGGGACCUCGUGUUGGAAAAUGCAGAGUUAAGGAGAGUGCUGCACCAGGUGAAAAACGACAUGGUGUCUCUACUCCGUCUAAAAAAACUGACCCAAAAAGGAGUCCAGAAUGAACGCGACGGUACACAGGCUAACUCUGAGGAAGAGCAGGAGGAGGAGGGGUUUGAGCCGGGUAAAGAGCUGUUUAGUGUUCAUGCCAGUGAAAAACUGACCAACAGCAUUCGCCUGCAGUGGAGAAGACUAAAGAGCCACGUUGAGCAGUUGGACAGCCAAGUAUCCCUGGCUCAGGUGAAUGCCGGGAAGAGCAGUGAGACGACUCCACGUGAAACUCAGGAGGAGGAAGUGGACAAACUAAAGCUGGAAAUUCAAGAAUAUAAAGAUUUAAUUCAAACACAACAGCAUCUCCUGCAGCAUCAGCUGAGCUCUUCCUGUGAUGAGAUCACAUCCCUGCGGAACGACGGUUACAUGCUUCAGGAGAAAGAACGCCUCAGAGGAGAAUGGAAGACCCUGGAAGGGCAGAGGAGCAUAUUUGAAAGGGAAAGGAAGAACUUCACUGAAGCAGCUAUCAGGCUGAGUCACGAGGUGUUUCUACACACAUGGUCACAGGCCAGCAGAAUUAACUACUGUAGCAAUAAAGCUCAAAAUGGGAUGUUUACGCAUGUGGAUCCCAGGUCUCAAGAGAGAAAGGCCUUUGAAGAAGAUCGGGCAACUUGGCUGAAACACCAGUUUUUAAGUUUGAGUCCAUGUGGAGACCCCAAGAAACUCAUGCUCUCAAAUCCUACAGGUGCGUCUUCUACAGGUGAAACUGAAUUGAAUCUACAGUUGACUCAAGAGAAACUCUCUGAAUUUCUAUCAGACUCUGCCUCUACACCAAAAUACCGCUCGUCCAGUUCACUUUCAACAGUGGACCUACAUCAUGCACUUCACGCGACGCCAGAAAAUCUGUAAACUGUCAUUUUCUUGCAGUCAUAAAAUAAUUACUUUCAUAUUAUAUAUGCUAAUGCAGUAAUUUGCAUUAAACCCCAUACAUUUUAUUUUUUCUAAAUCCAGUUUAAUUAAACCAAAGGUAAAGACCACAAACACUGAAGAAUCAAGAAACCUUUGGGAAGAUUUUCCAAUACUGCAGGAACUGUCGGAACCAUGAGAAAAAUCCCAGCCAUCAAUCAUCCACACAGUACAAGAACAAUUUUUACAAAGUUUCUUUCUUCCUUUUGAAUUAUUGUUACUUUUAUUGUCCAAAACCUAUUUAUAUUGGAAAAUUGAUUGGGAAAUGCCAGUUAUUUGAACAUUGAUGAUAGUGAAAGCCAUAUGGAUUCAUUCAGUGUUACAGUUUCUUUAUAAUAGGUCAGUUUUACAUGUAUCUAUUCAUCAUUGUGUUGCUGUGAAGCUUGUUUUAAAGUCAUCUUUUCAUAAUAUUUUAAUAUAGUAUUUUUAAGAAGGUUUGCAGCAAAAAUAACAGAGACGAGCUGUUUAUCUGCUGCUCUUUCUGACUGAUGGUGCCCGUUAUGAUGCCUAAGUUGAGACCUUUGAUGUUUUUAAAGUUGAUUGAAAAAAGCUAAUUAGAUGAGAGUAUUUUAGAAUGUGAGAUUGUACUUACUUUUUUUAGUUCAGUAAAGCAGAAAAAUAAGAUGAUGAGACUUUUGUUUUAGAUCACAACUUACCGUAAUUUGUUGUAGCAUCCAUUUGGUGAAGUUUUUAAGGCUGUAUUGGUACUGUGUCAGUGUAAACAUGAAGGAAGUAAACAUGAUUUUUUUUAAAUAAUUA